GCUCGCAGAUUCAGGUGGUAAAUCCUGAUCCUGCCCCUGACCGUACACGGCCCAGAGCUCUGUGCUCUCCCUCUCUCGUAGUGUAUUUUUUAGCCCUGCCUCGGCUGCUUCCCUUCCCCUGUGCCGCCAUUAAAGCCCCGUCAGCUUUGGUGUUUGGAAAUCGGGGAAGAGGAUAUAUCUGAAAGGAGGGGGAAAAAAAUGAUUUAAAGCGUCAAAGCCGGACGGGCCGAGGGACGGGAGUAGGGGAGGGGGGUUCUCGCUCCGCGGUAUGUAUGGACCUUCAACUGCCAACUAAACGGCGCCCCCAAAAAGAAGUAAAUAUGCGGUUAGUGUCGACCAAGUGAGAGGAGAAGCCUCCGAGUUUCGGAUUGGACUGGGUCUCUCUGGUCUGAAAGAGAGGAGGGGAGGGGAGGGAAGAAGCUCCGUUUGUUUUGGCUGCAAACUGAGGAGUGUAAACACAGCAGAAGAAGGAAAAAAAAGAGUACUACUUGCUGUGUGAGCUCCUUAAGAGUGGAUCUGCCGAGCUCAGAACCUCUCUGAACGGCAGGAAGCCCUUCCUCAGAGGCGGUGCGACGAUGACCGAGCUGGUUGCCAAGUGGGCCUGUGAAUACUGCACAUACGAGAACUGGCCGUCAGCCAUCAAGUGCACCAUGUGCCGCGCUCAGAGGCCCAGCGGGGGUGCCAUCAUUACUGAGGAGCCCUUCAAGAGCAGCCCUGCCCUGGAUGCCAGUCUGCACCAGUGGGACCCAGCAGGCCUCAGCAACAGCCCAUCCCAGGGGGGUUCCAGCUUAUUAAUUUGCCCAGACUCCAGUGCCCGGCCCCGCGUCCGCAUUGCUGAUGUACCUGAGACUAGUAGCAAGUGGUCUUGCCAGAUGUGCACCUACCUGAACUGGCCUCGUGCCAUCCGUUGCACCCAGUGUCUGUGCCAGAGGCAACAGGCUCAACAGCAACAGCAUGGGCAACAUGCAACCCAUCACGGACAUCAUACCCAGCAGCCACGCAGCCCCACAGAAUCACCCCAGACUUCAGGUUCUGGAUGCCGCCCUGCUCCCCCAGCUACCACUACGGACCCCUGUGAGGAAUAUAAUGACCGUAACAGGCUCAACACUCAUUCACAGCACUGGACCUGCACUGCCUGCACUUACGAGAACUGGGCCAAGGCACUCAAGUGUGUGGUCUGCGACCACCCCAGGCCAAAUAGUCUGCUAGCAGAACCCAUUGAACUGGCAUCAGCAUCCGAGAGCCAACAACCCUCCUCCAAACUUAAUGAACAGGACAGGGACAACAGGAGGGGUGUUGUUGGGCACGUGGUUGGGCAAGGAGUAGGGAGUGUGGUAGGUGGGCUUGUGGGGUGUAGCAGCAGCCAGAGGAGGUCACCCCCGACCUCAAAACGGGAGUCAGAGGUGAACAUGGACUUUCAGAGGAUUGAACUGGCAUCAGGGGCUGGGAUUGGGAGCAAAGAAGAGCUGGAGGUGGAUUUCAAAAAACUGAAGCAGAUUAAGAACAGGAUGAGACGGACUGAUUGGCUGUUCCUCAAUGCCUGUGUUGGUGUUGUGGAAGGCGACCUGGCAGCUGUGGAGGCCUACAAGUCAUCGGGUGGCGACAUCGCUCGACAGCUAACAUCAGACGAGGUGCGCCUAUUAAAUCGGCCCUCAGCGUUCGAUGACGGUUUCACGCUGGUUCACCUCGCCAUCCGCUUCCAGAGACAGGACAUGCUGGCUGUGUUACUCACGGAGGUGUCCCAACAGGCAGCCAAGUGUAUCCCAGCCAUGGUGUGUCCCGAGCUAACGGAGCAGAUCCGUCGCGAAGUAGCAGCCUCUCUUCACCAGCGCAAGGGAGACUUCACCUGCUACUUCCUCACUGACUUGGUGACCUUCACACUGCCCGCAGACAUCGAGGAUUUGCCACCAGCUGUUCAGGAAAAACUGUUUGACGAGGUGCUGGACCGAGACGUACAAAAAGAACUUGAAGAGGAGUCUCCCAUCAUCAACUGGUCCCUGGAGCUCGGGACGAGGUUGGACAGUCGGCUGUAUGCCCUGUGGAACCGCACGGCCGGGGACUGUCUCCUCGACUCCGUGCUGCAGGCGACGUGGGGCAUUUAUGACAAGGACUCAGUGCUCCGCAAGACGCUCCACGACAGCCUGCACGACUGUUCUCACUGGUUUUACACGCGCUGGAAGGAGUGGGAGUCGUGGUAUUCGCAGAGCUUCGGUCUGCACUUUUCACUCCGAGAGGAACAGUGGCAGGAAGACUGGGCUUUCAUCCUCUCCCUGGCUAGUCAGCCAGGAUCCAGCUUGGAGCAGACCCACAUUUUUGUCCUUGCACACAUACUUCGUAGGCCUAUUAUCGUCUACGGAGUGAAGUAUUACAAAAGUUUCCGUGGGGAAACGCUCGGCUACACCCGAUUUCAAGGUGUGUACUUGCCCCUUUUGUGGGAGCAGAGCUUCUGUUGGAAAAGCCCCAUCGCUCUGGGUUACACGCGGGGGCACUUCUCAGCACUGGUGGCCAUGGAGAACGACGGCUUCGACAAUCGCGGCGCGGGCGCCAACCUCAACACGGACGACGAUGUGACGGUCACGUUCCUGCCGCUGGUCGACAGCGAGAGGAAGCUGCUUCACAUUCACUUCCUCUCAGCGCAGGAAAUGGGUAAUGAAGAGCAACAGGAGAAGCUGCUGCGGGAGUGGUUGGACUGCUGUGUGACGGAUGGCGGAGUCCUGGUGGCUCUUCAGAAAAGCUCCCGCCGCCGCAACCAUCCGCUCGUCACCCAGAUGGUGGAGAAGUGGCUGGAUGGCUACCGGCAGAUCCGCCCCUGCGCCUCCUUGUCUGACGGUGAAGAGGAGGAGGACGAUGACGACGAGUGACAAAACUGAAGCGGGAGCUGGGAGGAGGUCUGCAGGGGGGUGCAGGACUCCUCCUCCCUCCUCUCUCUUACAGUUUUUUUUUUUUUUUAAGUUUUGUUUUCCUUUCCUGACACGGACAAACUGUGAAAGCCUUCAGGAGAGGGACCGGGAACCACAAGCCCCCCAAACCUUCCACCUCUGACAAGAAGACACUGCUACUCUUCUAGCACACGCAGGCACUCAGACAUACACUUAAAAACACAUUCAACACUUUACUCGGACAAACCUGAGACUGACGGACUCCACUGCUGCUGCACAGCGCAGAUUCAGAGAGAAAAUAAAAGGUUUACGAAUGCAAAUGACCUUUUUUUUUAUUUUGUUUUUGAUCUUCAAAUGUAAAGGAAAAAAGGAAUCUUUAUCCAUAGAUGUAAAUGCAUGUGGUUGUUUAAAAAAAAAAAAGAGUAUAAGGAAAUAUACCAGCAUUGACUCAAAUCAACACUUUAUAUCUGUUCAGUGUGGGCACUGACAAAAGCACACUUCCAAAUUGAUCUUUUUGAUGUUUUUUCCAGUUGUACAAGAGUUGGCUUCUUUAGCAUUUUUGUUUUUGAAUGGGCAGGGACAAAGCCAAUAAAUAUCGUUAUCUUUAGACAACCAGAGAUUGUGUAAUAAUAAAUGACUUUAAUCCUUAUUAAUAAGCACUGCACAUUUAUUAAAACAUUUCUAUAUAAAUACAGUAUCAUUGCUUGAAUUAAGGUCAUAUAUGAAGCUCUUGAAAAGGGAGAUGUUUUUUUUUUCCCUUUACAAGUCGAAUCUACACUCAUUAAGGUUUAGCACACAAACAUUCAUGUUGGAUCUAUGGUUUACCUUUUUUCAGAGUGAUUGAGAAGUGUGUGUGUGUGUGUGUGUGUUUGUGUGCGCGGGUGUGUGUGUGUGUUUUCUUCUUUUUGAACUUAUUCUACAUAUUUAUUGUUUGGAAACAUAUUUGAGCUGUACAUUUUUUUUCUCCUUUUUUUGUGGUUUUGUUAAUUAUUCUCUCAAUCUUGAUGAAGACACGUUGCACAGAAAACACUGUUGCUGUGAGGAAAGAACCAAUCAUGACCAUCAGUGAAAAGUUUACUUGCGUUGUUUGCGUGCGAUUUAGUACCUCAUCUGAAUGCCUAAAAUAAUCUGGUGCUUUUCUUUCGGGGGGCAGGCGAGCGAGUGUGGGAUUGAGGCGCAUUCAAUGUCGACAAGAGAAGUCACACUUGUCUCAUCGUUGUUUUCUACUCCCCCCCCUAUAACCUUUGUUGUCACGGUCACCCUCACGGUACACGUCAGUUCACCUCUGUAACGUCUGUUUGUUGUCAUUAUGUGAAAACCAUCUUUAAGUUUUUGAUUAAGCUCAUUAUGAGACUACAACAUAUAAAACCAAAGCUGACAGAAAAAGAAAAAAAAACAAACAAAAAAAAAACACGAGUUGUCGUUACUUUAUUUGCUGUGAAUGUUUGCAUUUUGUUUUUCCUUGCCAUUGCGUACUGUAACCUCUUUUGUGUUUCAUUCAAGCAUCACCUGUAUGUUGCUUUGUAUUUAUGCAAUAGUUGCAGUUGUGACUAUGAUGGUUUGUGGAUUUAGGCCUGACUUCACUAUACAGAGUGUAACGCAAAGAACAGGCAAAAUAAGGAAAAAAAAUAAAGGAAAACCUUUUUGAAUGUCCAACUAAA